AUGUAAUAAGAAUAUCGGAAGAUCAUAAUAAAUCGUAGAGAUUAGAAUAUAUUGUUUCCUUCAAAUACUAUAAAAAGUUCAAAAUAUAAUAUGCUAAACUUCUUUCCUAAAGCAAUUCUAUUGCAAUUUAUGAGAAUAGCAAAUAUUUACUUUUUGGUAACAGCAGUUUUACAGAGCAUGCCAUUAAUUUCUCCAUUAGCCCCAUUUUCUGCAAUAAGUAAAAUGAGUUAAUAAUUAGUUAGGUCCACUAGUGUUUGUUUUGGCUGUAUCAUUAUUUCGUGAAAUGUUGGAAGAUUAUGUAUAAAAUAGUUAGUAAUUAACCUUAAGCGUAAACAUAGAAACGAUGACAUGAUAAAUGAAUAGGUAGCCUUAUUGUAUAACAAUUAUGUUUUUUAAAAAAUAUAAUGGAAAGAGAUCAGGGUUGGUGAUAUUGUACAAGUUUUAGAAGAUUUUACAAUACCAGCAGAUUUGUGUAUAAUACGUACAAGUGAUGAGAAUGGCUAAUGUUUUUUAGAAACUUCAAAUCUUGAUGGGUGAGUUACAAUACUAAACUAGUGAACGCAAUCUCAAAACAAAAUAUGCAAUAGCAGAUAUAUAAGAGUAGAUGGUCCAUGGGAAGUUUAGCGAUCUUGCAGGAGAAUUGUAAUGUGAUAAGCCUAACAAUCGAAUUCAUAAAUUUCAAGGAAUGUUAUAAGUUGAUCUAAAAUAAUACCCAAUAAGUAAUAACAAUAUUUUGUUGAGAGUAUUUAUUAUACUAGUAAAUAUUAGGGGACAACUAUUAAAAAUACUAAAUGGAUUGUAGGUUUGGUAGUAUAUACAGGUCAUGAUUGUAAAAUUAUUAAAAGUUAAGGUAAGAUGAGAUAUAAGACAACUCAUAUAGAGAGAGCAUUAAAUAUCAUUGUAAUUGUGAUAUUGAUUCUAUAAGCAGGAGCAUGUAUAGUAUUAGCAUUCUUCGCUGCUUAUAACUAUAAUCCAUUUAUUUUUGAAGGCAAUCCAUAGUUUAUUUACAUCUAUCCAGAAAAUGAUAGAAAUGGACCAGUUGUAACUGCAGUUAUUAGUUAUUUCUCUAAUUUUCUACUUCUCAAUUCUAUGGUUCCAAUUUCGCUAAUUAUCUCAUUAGAAACAUUAAAGUAUUUGUAAACUACUUGGAUGGAAUUUGAUGAAUAUAUGCAAAAUGAAAAUUAACCAUUUAGAGUCCUCAACACAAUGAUUCAUGAAGAACUAGGCAAAAUUGAAUAUAUAUUUACAGAUAAAACAGGUACUUUGACUUCAAAUAAUAUGGAAUUUAGACAAUGUUGUAUAAAAGGUAUUGCAUAUUCAGAUGAAGAUUUACAAGAGAUUUUUAAGAGCGAUAAUAUUUUGGAUGAUUUAGAAUUGGAAAAAUAUAUUAAUUUCUUUCUUUGUAUAAUUAUUUGCCAUAAUGUAAUUGUUGAUGAAAAAUAGAAUGAAUUUUAAGGUAGUUCACCAGAUGAAGUUGCUUUAGUUAAAGCAGCAUUUAAUCAUGGAUUUAAAUUUCUUAAAAAAACAAACAAUUCUAUAUUUAUUAAAGUGAGAGAAUAAUUGUUAGUUUAUGAGUAUAUUUGUGAAUUUGAAUUUACAUCAGAUAGAAAAAGAAUGAGUAUAGUAGUAAAGGAUAUGUAAACUGAAUAAUUACUAUUAUUUUGUAAAGGAGCUGACAAUAUAAUUUGGAGAAGAUUGGACAUGAAAAAACAUUAAGAAUAAGAGUUAAGAAUGAGUUAAGUUAGUCUUAAGAAAUAUUCUAAAGAUGGACUUAGAACAUUAUGUCUAUCGUAUAAAUAAAUUGAUGAAAUUUAAUUUUAAGAUUGGUAAAAGUAAUAUAGGGCUUUCUAAAAUGAAGUAGCACUUGAUCCAGAAGCAAUAAAUAAAUUAAAAGAACAUGAAUCUAUUUUAGAACAUGAUUUAAUGUUAUUAGGUAUAACUGCAUUAGAAGAUAAACUUUAAGAGGAUGUUCCUGAUGUCAUAAAAUCACUUCAUGAAGCUGGAAUUAAAGUUUGGAUGCUUACGGGUGAUAAAAUGGAAACUGCAGAAAAUAUUGGAUAUCUAUGUCAUUUAAUUGAUCAUACUACUAAAUGUUUUAGAGUUAAUUAAGAAGAUGAAGAAGAAAUUUUGUAAUUCAAUUUUCUUUAUAUUUUAGAAUGAGAUUUAAAAAAAUUAAUAGGAGUAUCUUAACUUAUGAAAAAAUUACCAAAAAAACUAAUAAAGUUAAGAAAAAUUAAUAAUUAAAAUAACAAUUAUAAUGGUUAAGAGAAUAAUCCUCUAUCAAUUCAUAAAUCAGAUCUGUUCACAAAAUGAAAAUGAAUCAAAUUUCUGUUAAAUCAGAGGGAAGUGAGAAUCACAGUUAAAAGGAAUUUAAAAGAACAUUUGCUUUAAUUGUAGAAGGAGAUUCAAUUUAUUAUCUUUUACAUUCAAAAUAAAUUUAGGAAGAAUUUCUUAAAAUUAUUCCUAAAUGUAGAACUGUAAUUUGUUGUAGAUCAACACCAAAUUAAAAAGCAGAAAUAGUUGGUUUAGUUAAGAAAAAUCUUAAAACUAUCACUUUAGCUAUUGGAGAUGGUGGAAAUGAUGUUAGCAUGAUAUAAGAAUCUCAUAUAGGAGUUGGAAUUUUAGGAAAAGAAGGCAAUCAGGCAGCUAUGAAUAGUGAUUACUUUUUUUGCUAAUUUAAACAUUUAUGGAGAUUAUUAUUUGUACAUGGAAGAUGGAAUUUAUAUAGAACUAGUUAUUUUGUAAAUUACUUUUUUUUUAAAAAUAUAUUGUUUACAUUUCAACAAUUUUACUUUGCAUUUUUUAAUGCAUUCAGUAGUUAAUCAUUUUAUGAAGAUGGUUAUUUAUUGAAUUUUAAUACAUUAAUAACAGCAGUGGCUCCAGUGUAUUAUGGAGUAUUUGAUUAAGAUUUGGAUGUUUAAGAUUAAUAUAUAAAAUCAUAAUUGCCAAGAGUAUAUAGCGAAUUUAAGUAUCACAAAUUGUUUGGGAGAAGAGCAUUUGCAAAAUGGUAUGUUAGUGGUUUGUUGUGUAGUGGAUUAGUAUUUUUUGUGUCAAAAUAGAUAUAUUUAAUAUAGGUAAAUAGUGAAAGUGGUAGAGUAGAUGGAUUGUGGUAAUUAAGUGUAUCUUGUUAUUGGUCAAGUGUAUUUAUAGUAUUUAUGGUUAUAAUAAGUGAUUCAAAUUAAUUUACAUGGAUAACAUUUUUAGCAUAUGGUCCAUUAAGUAUAUUAGCAUUUUUUCCUGUAUUUACAUUGGCAUGGAAUGAAUUUUAGAGUGAGACAAAACAUUAUGCAUAUGAUUGGUUAGGAAAUGCUAAAUUUUUUAUAGUAGUAAUAUUGAUAGUAGGGACAGUAUUUAUAUUUAAGAGAGUGAUUAAUAUUUGGUAAUAGCUUGAAUAUCCAACAGUGAUUGAUUAAGUAAGAAAAGAGAGGGCUGAAAUGAAUAAUAUGAUGGAAUAAUCAUAAGGGCCAGGAUCAAGUAGAUUGGAAUUGAGUGAAAUGGAAUUUCCAAUAGCAAUUGAGAAUUAAAGAUAAGAUGUAUAUAAUCUGUCGCAUAAUAUGGGAUAAUAAAGAGAUAUGGAUAUGUGA